ACAGUCAUUGCUCCUCCUCCUCCUCCUCCUCAUCAUCAUCAUCGUCCUUCGCUUUAGCUCCCUUUCUCCCCAAAAUCUCCAUAACCCCUUCCCUACUAAAAAAACAAUCCCAUCAAUAAUUUCCCCUAACGCCACCACCAAAAAAAAAAAAAAAAACCAAUCUUUAUAAACCCCCUUCACAUCUUCACAAAUUAUUUUCAUUUAUUUUUUAACACUUAAAUGUUUGAGCCAUGGACAUGACAACAACAACAACCACUCCCACCCCCACCAACAACAAUAACACAAACACUCCAACUCCAAAAUCCCCAGAAGCAUACACUGAAACACCAGCCCGGAUCCAUGACACAAAGCCUUUGUCUUUCACCAACGGUGUCCUCAAACGCCACCCUCCACACCACCACCACCACCACCACCACCACUUUUCACCAUCUCCAAUAGUCAUAGCCUACAAAGAAUGCCUCAAGAACCACGCCGCGACCAUAGGUGGCCAUGCUCUAGAUGGCUGUGGAGAAUUCAUGCCUUCUCCGAUAGCCACUCACACUAACCCCACUUCUUUAAAAUGUGCUGCUUGUGGCUGCCAUCGUAAUUUCCACCGUCGUGAACCUGAAGAUUCCCCUCCUCACACCGCCACUACAACAACCAUUCAGUACCAAUCUCAUCACCGUCACCACCCACUCCCACCACCACAAGCUCAACCUCUGCACAAUGGAAGCCCCAACUCAGCUUCUCCUCCUCCGAUCUCAUCCUCUUACUACCCUUCAGGUCCUCACAUUUUGCUAGCACUCUCUGGUGGCGUAUCGGGUUUGAAUGAGAAUGCGAAUAUAAAUGUUCCUCCUCCAGUUGGUUCUUCGCCGCGUAAGCGAUUUAGGACAAAGUUCAGCCAGAGCCAGAAAGAGAGAAUGUAUCAGUUUGCAGAGAGGGUUGGAUGGAAGAUGCAAAAAAGAGAUGAAGAUUUGGUUCAAGAGUUUUGCAAUGAAGUUGGGGUUGACAGAGGUGUGUUGAAAGUUUGGAUGCAUAACAACAAGAACAGCUUGGGUAAGAAAGAACACCUUAAUGGGAAUAAUAAUGAUAUUCUUAGGAGCAAUAAUCUUGAAAACUCCGACAACAGCAACAAUGAGGCCAACAAGAACAUCACCAACGACAACAAUAACGGCAGUGAAGGCUUGAACCAUCACCACAACCAUCACCACUUUGAGAAUGAGAGUCAUGUUGGAGUACAUGUUGGGACUAAUGGGUCUUCCUCAUCUUCUUAAAAUCUUAUCAGGGACUGUUGUUGUUUUUGAUGAUGAUAAUAAUUGUUAGCUAGGUAGAGAGAUCAUAAGCAGGGAUGGGUAUUAGUUGUUUAUCUCUUUCUUUAAUUCUCCAUAUUUUUUUUUCAAGUUUUCUGAUUUUUGUUUCUAGUUUUAAUUAAUGACGAUCUUAUCACUUUGUUGAGUAAAGGCAUGGGAGAGACUUGAUCCAAAUUAAGGGAAAAUCUAUUCUCGGUUAUUUGAUCUAA